UUAUUUUAGGCUUAGCCUGCGUUCAGGUAGGUUUAAGAAUGUUGACAAUACCUGGCCCAUGUUAAAUACGUGUUUUCUUUAUCGAUUUCGUGACAUGUUUUAUUGUUGUUAUCGCAAAGAGAUGAUUUGAACUGAGAGAAAGUCGAGUGUCAAAAAUGAUUAAAGAAUAUCGUAUUUGUAUGCCAUUGAGCGUGGAAGAGUACAAGAUUGGACAACUUUAUAUGAUAAGCAAACACAGUCAUCAACAGAGCGAAGACGGCGAAGGUGUCGAAGUUGUUAAAAAUGAAGCGUGCGAACAUCCUGUUCAUGGCAAAGGACAGUACACAGAAAAAAAGAUUCAUAUGUUUGGACGACUGCCUUCUUGGGUGAAGGCUUGUAUACCAAGAGUGUUUUAUGUUGAAGAAAGAGCGUGGAAUUUUUACCCUUACACAAUAACAGACUAUACGUGUUCCUUUGUUCCACGAUUUUCAAUCCACAUUGAAACAGUGUAUGAAAAUAACAAUGGCUCAUCAAUAGAUCCAUUUAAAGUUAGUUCAACACAGCUGGAUGCGCACGAAAUUGACUUUAUUGAUAUUGCUUAUGAUGAAUACCCAGAGAAACAUUACGUUAAAGAAGAGGAUUGUCGUUAUUUCAAAUCGGCAAAAACUAAUAGAGGUCCAUUAAAUGAGGGAUGGCGGGAUACGUCAAAACCGAUAAUGUGUUCGUAUAAAAUGGUAACUGUUUCUUUCGACGUUUGGGGGUUACAGUCAAGAGUGGAGUCCUUUGUUCACAAGGGCAUUCGUGACGUGCUCUUAGUGGGUCAUAGACAAGCAUUUUCGUGGAUUGAUGAAUGGUGGGACAUGGAAUUGAACGAUGUCAGAGAAUUUGAGAAGGUUAAGCAGAAGGAGACGAAUGAUGUGGUUGUUGGAGCUGACGUUGCAGAAUCGUCGGAUGAUUCGGUGACAUCACCCAGAAACUCGUCUGUUUAGAUCGUGUAGUAUUUAUUCAAAUUUUAAAGUUCUGGAACUUCUUUAUGUAAUCAACGAUCUCUAGUUUUAUUACAAGAGCGACGAAAGAUUAAUGAUUUUGGGGGGGGGGUGUAUCAUAUAUAUGAAUAUUACCCCCUCCCCCCUCCCCCCUCCCCAAUUAUCAAUCUUCCGUUGCCUUUGACCUUCAAAUGUGAUGUAAUAUGUUGAUCACAGGGGUGUAUCGGCAGGUAGAAAGAGGGUUGGAAUUUUCACACCACUGCCCUUGCUGUUAAAAUGGGGGCUCAACUUUCCUUCAUAAUUCUUCAAAAAAUUUUUUAUUUCUUGUUUUUAUCUUUUAUCCUGGCAAUUUUUACGUAACGUUUUAUAAACUGUGAGCUAUGAACGCUAGAUAGACUAAAGGUGUUUAACAUAAUACUAGGUUUUGUGGUAAAAACGGUAUACUGGCAAAAUUUGACUUUAUACUUUUUUGUAAUAUACGUGAUGUAUCGUUAGAAAUCACCAUGCUAAACUAACGCAUGCGCAUUAUUGUGCACAUUUUGCCGUUAAAUGUUUUGUUAAACUCUUAAAAGCACAAAAGCUUCGGAGGCGUAGGAAAGAAGUGAUUUUGGAUUUGGCACAACCCGACAUCAUUGGGAGGGUUGAAGGAAACAACUGUAAUAUAUAUAUAUGUACAACAAACUGUAUCUAUCAAUGUAACAUCAACAUAUUAUAGCAAGUAUUUUACUUUGA